CGGAUCCUCCUUGGAAGACCUUCUCACUCCAUCAUGGGGGUUCUGUGAGCCCCAAGAGUCUGCUUGAGGCCUGGCUCCCGGCACUACCCUCCCCAGACCAUGUGGCGGUCACUCCUCCGAUGCCCGCCGCUCCUUUCCCCCUUUCUGCAAGUGACUGAGGUGGCGGCCGGCUGGGAAGCACGCCUGGCGCUGUGGAUCCUCAGCUUUGCCUCGGCCGUCGUGCAAAUGGAGAGCCAGGCCUACUCGCCCACGGUCAACACCCACUAUGGGAAGCUCCGUGGGGUGCGCGUGCCCUUGCCCAGUGAGAUUCUGGGCCCCGUGGACCAGUACCUGGGGGUACCCUACGCAGCGCCGCCCGUCGGGGAGAAGCGGUUCAUGCCCCCUGAGCCCCCCUCCUCCUGGUCGGGCAUCCGGAACGCCACCCACUUCUCCCCGGUGUGCCCGCAGAACAUCCACACGGCCGUGCCGGAGAUCAUGCUGCCCAUCUGGUUCACGUCCAACCUCGACAUCGUGGCCACCUACAUCCAGGACCCCAACGAGGACUGCCUGUACCUGAACAUCUACAUCCCCACCGAGGAUGGCUCCAGCGCUAAGAAACAGGGCGAGGACUUAGCGGAUAAUGACGGGGACGAAGACGAAGACAUCCGGGACAGCGGGGCCAAGCCGGUGAUGGUGUACAUCCACGGCGGCUCGUACAUGGAAGGCACGGGCAACAUGAUCGACGGCAGCGUGCUGGCCAGCUACGGCAACGUCAUCGUCAUCACCCUCAACUAUCGCGUGGGAGUGCUGGGUUUCCUGAGCACCGGAGACCAGGCCGCCAAGGGCAACUACGGGUUGCUGGACCAGAUCCAGGCAUUGCGUUGGAUCAGUGAAAACAUCGCCUUCUUUGGGGGAGACCCCUUGCGCAUCACCGUCUUUGGUUCUGGGAUCGGCGCCUCCUGUGUCAGCCUGCUCACGCUGUCGCACCACUCUGAAGGUCUCUUCCAGAGGGCCAUCAUCCAAAGCGGCUCCGCGCUGUCCAGCUGGGCCGUCAACUACCAGCCGGUGAAGUACACCAGCUUGCUGGCCGACAAAGUGGGCUGCAACGUGCUGGACACCGUGGACAUGGUGGACUGCCUGCGUCAGAAGAGCGCCAAGGAGCUAGUGGAGCAGGACAUCCAGCCGGCCCGCUACCACGUGGCCUUCGGGCCGGUGAUCGACGGAGACGUCAUCCCGGAUGACCCAGAGAUCCUGAUGGAGCAGGGCGAGUUCCUCAACUACGACAUCAUGUUGGGCGUCAACCAGGGCGAGGGGCUCAAGUUCGUGGAGGGCGUCGUGGACCCGGAGGACGGCGUCUCGGGCAGCGAUUUCGAUUAUUCCGUCUCCAAUUUCGUGGACAACCUCUACGGCUACCCGGAGGGCAAAGACACGCUGCGCGAGACCAUCAAGUUCAUGUACACGGACUGGGCCGACCGGGACAACCCGGAGACGCGUCGCAAGACGCUGGUGGCGCUUUUCACCGACCACCAGUGGGUGGAGCCCUCGGUCGUGACUGCGGACCUGCACGCGCGCUACGGCUCCCCCACCUACUUUUACGCCUUUUACCAUCACUGCCAGAGCCUCAUGAAGCCGCCCUGGUCCGACGCUGCCCACGGGGACGAGGUGCCUUACGUCUUCGGGAUCCCCAUGAUCGGCCCCACCGACCUCUUUCCCUGCAACUUCUCCAAGAACGACGUCAUGCUGAGCGCCGUGGUCAUGACCUACUGGACAAACUUUGCCAAGACUGGGGACCCCAACAAGCCAGUUCCCCAGGACACCAAAUUCAUCCACACCAAGGCCAACCGCUUCGAAGAGGUGGCCUGGUCCAAAUACAACCCCCGUGACCAGCUCUACCUGCACAUUGGCCUCAAGCCCAGGGUGCGCGACCACUACCGCGCCACCAAGGUUGCCUUCUGGAAGCACCUGGUCCCGCACCUGUACAACCUGCACGACAUGUUCCACUACACCUCGACCACCACCAAGGUGCCGCCGCCCGACACCACCCAGAACUCGCACAUCACCCGCCGGCCCAACGGCAAGGCCUGGAGCACCAAGCGGCCGGCCAUCUCCACCGCCUACACCGGCGAGGGCUCGCAGGAGAAGUGGAACCCGGAGCAGGACGGGGCGGGCACGCUGCUGGUCGAGAGCCCCCGGGACUACUCCACGGAGCUGAGCGUCACCAUUGCCGUGGGCGCCUCGCUGCUCUUCCUCAACGUGUUGGCCUUCGCCGCCCUGUACUACCGCAAGGACAAACGCCGGCAGGACACCCACCGCCAGCCCAGCCCCCAGCGGGCCGCCGCCACCAAUGACAUUGGCCACACGCCCGAGGAGGAGAUGCCCUCGCUGCAGGCCAACCAGAGCCACCACGGAGACUGCGACGCAGUGGCGCCCCACGACGCGCUCCGCCUCACCGCCUUGCCCGACUACACGCUCACGCUGCGCCGCUCCCCGGACGACAUCCCGCUCAUGACGCCCAACACCAUCACCAUGAUCCCCAACUCCCUGGUGGGGCUACAGACCCUGCACCCUUACAACACCUUUGCGGCCAGCUUCAGCAGCACGGGGCUGCCCCACUCACACUCCACCACUCGGGUAUAGCUGCCCAAGCGCCCGCACUCCCACGCACACACUCCACACACACCGGACCUGGCGCUGCGGGGUCAGGCGUGGCUCGCUCUUGGGGGGGGGGUGGAUUUUAUUGGGAUCAAGUGCUUUGACUUUCCGCGGGCCUGGCAUUGGGGGAUUCA